AUGGGUUGUCAUUAAUCCAAGAAAGUUCUAAAAGAAUCUUCACUAUAAAUAAAGGAAGAAGUUGCAUAAUAAUAUGAUCCAAAUAGUAUAAUAUUAUAAUAAAUGUAGAAAAAGAAACAUAAUAUUUAGUUAUUAUAAAUGGAAUACUUUUUGACGCUCUUAACCCGGAUGAGUGA